GGGGCGGAGUCGUACGUCACGAGUCGGACGGGCUAGGCGCUGCGAUGAGGUGGCUGCACGGAGUCAGCUGCUGGCGGUCGCCGCUCCUCUGUGCGGGCUUAGCCUGGCUCCGAGCAGGGGCGCGCGCAGCCUCGGGCAGCCCGCGGGACGCGGGCGAGCUGCAAGGCGAGCUGGACAGAUUUGGGGGCGUCUCGGUGCAUCUGGCACGGCACCGCGCGCUGCACGGGCUGGACGCUGCCGCCUUCCGGAGGCUCUUGCAGGCUGCCAUCCGACGGUGGCGCUCUGAAGGAAGGGUAGCUGCGUGGCUGCACGUCCCCAUCCUGCAAAGCCACUUCAUCGCCCCUGCGGCUUCCCUGGGCUUUCACUUCCACCACGCAGAGUCCGAUUCCUCCACGCUGACCCUCUGGCUGGGGGAAGGACCCAGCAGACUGCCAGGAUACGCUACACACCAAGUAGGAGUUGCAGGUGCUGUGUUUGAUGAUAGCACCAGAAGAGUGCUGGUUGUACAAGAUCGGAAUAAACUGAAAAAUAUGUGGAAGUUUCCAGGAGGCCUGUCAGAGCCUGGAGAAGAUAUCGGCGACACAGCAGUCCGAGAGGUGUUUGAAGAGACUGGGGUGAAGUCAGAAUUCAGGUCUCUGCUGAGCAUCCGGCAGCAGCACAGGCACCCUGGGGCCUUUGGGAAGUCAGACUUGUACCUGAUCUGCCGCCUGCAGCCCCGUUCCUUCACUAUCAACUUCUGCCGGCAGGAAUGUUUGAAGUGUGAAUGGAUGGAUCUAGAAGACCUGGCCAGGACUAAGAACACGACCCCCAUCACCAGCAGGGUAGCCAGGCUAUUGCUGUACGGACACAGGGAAGGGUUUGACAAGAUUGACCUCAGCAUGGAGGAACUCCCCGCAGUGUACACAGGCCUGUUCUACAAACUCUAUCACAGGGAACUGCCGGAGAGUUACACAGCCACCACGGGGACAGACUGAGUGAACC